GUUGAUGCGCCUUCAUAUCUUUCACUACAUUACCGAAAUAAAUCAAUUACUCCUGAUAUAAUUUUUGCUAAUUGAAACUUUGUGUCUUUCGAAAUACGUUUUAUUUUCAUUAAUUUUAACUAGUGUUUAUAGUUAGUUGAUCAUGUUAGUGCAGAUAAUUUUAUUGUUUUUGCUGGUGUGGCUUCUUGUGUUGCGAUGGCAAAGAAGAAAGAUGAUCGAGCUGUCUCAUAAGCUUGGAGUGACCAACCACAUGACCCUACCAUUCGUGGGACAUGCUUACAUAUUCUUUGGAAGUGACGAAGAUCGAAUGACAAAAUUCCAGAAAUUGGGCCGUGAAGCGAUCGCGAGUGAGCAUGGAGUUACGACAAUAUGGCAAGGGCACCGGCUGUACUUAGUGGUAUCAGAUGCGAAGGUUGCGGAGUUACUUCUAAAGACCUGCUUGGAGAAAGAUGAUGCAGUAGAUUGCUUGAAGUUCGUGACUGGUAACGGCAGCAUCUUCGCCCCAGUCAGUAUUUGGCGUCCUCGUCGUAAAGUCUUAGCUCCGACUUUCAGCCCGAAGAACUUGCAGCAGUUUGCUGAGAUCUUCUCUCGUCAAAGCGCUAUCAUGGUGGAACAGUUGCGGACUGUCGCAGGAAAAGGAGUCUUCUCCAUAUGGCAAUACAUCACAACUUAUACCAUGGACUCCGUUUGUGAGUCAACUUUGGGCGUUUUAGUAAAUUCUCAAAAACAAUCGGAACAACCAUUUCUUCAAGCUUUUGAUAAAUGUACUCAAUUGGAUGCUGACCGACUUUGCAAGCCAUGGUUCCAUCCUCAAGCUAUAUACGAAAUGACACCAGCUUACAAACUGCAUCUUAAGUGUAGGAACUACAUUUGUAAAUUCGUUGAUCAGAUCAUUAAAACCAAGAAACAAGCAUUGGCAGAAGAAAAGGUGUCAAUGGCCGAAUCUGAACAAAAUAUAAAACACGAUGGUCUUAAGACAUUCUUAGAGCUCCUCAUAGAUUCUUCAGGAGGUGAUCGAGGAUAUUCAGAUGUGGAGCUGAGAGAAGAGACUUUGGUAUUAGUCCUAGCUGGAACCGACACAUCUGCUGUAGGCACUGCCUUUGCUUCGAUUCUGCUGUCAAGAUACCCUGAUGUACAGGAAAAGGUCUACCAAGAGUUACUUGAAGUAUUUGGUGAUUCCAAAAGACCGGUUGUGGCUGAAGAUCUACCUCGACUUAAAUAUCUGGAUGCUGUUAUAAGAGAAACGUUACGCUUGUACCCACCAGUGCCUAUAAUUGCGAGGAAAAUUGACAAGGAAGUUAUUUUACCUUCAGGAAUCACUCUAAUUGAAAAUUGUGGUGUUGUGAUCAAUAUUUGGGCACUACAUCGUAAUCACCACUACUGGGGAGAUGACGCGGAGCAGUUCCGACCUGAACGGUUCAUUGAUACACCGCUGAAGCAUCACGCUGCCUUCAUGCCGUUCAGCCAUGGACCCAGAGCUUGUAUUGGUUAUCAGUAUGCAAUGAUGUCGAUGAAAACUGCUCUAUCAUCUCUUCUUCGUCAAUAUGUGAUUCUCCCGCCAUCUGACGUUGAAGACUUGAAGCCUUUCAGAGUGAAAUUUGACAUAAUGAUGAGAGACGUUGACAAUUUUACCUUACAACUUGUAAAAAGAAAAAUGUUGGUCGAGCUAAUAUUACUGCUGGUCAUACUCCUGCUGAUACACCAGCGAUGGACAAAGAGGGAUAUUUACAAGUUGGGGGAACAAUUGAAUUGUGGAGUAAGAUCGUUUCCACUUAUUGGACACAGUUAUUUGUUCAUGGGCGAUGGUUUGGCACGGAUGAAAGCCUUCCAGAUUAUGGGUUUAGAUGCACUGAAAAAAGAAAAUGGCUUGACAUCACUGUGGCUUGGAAAUCGAAUGUAUACUGUGGUUGCUGAUCCUGAAGCAGCAGACACUAUUUUAAAGAGCAUUUCCGAAAAAGACGACAUCAUUAGAAUGGCUUCAGUUUUCAUUGGAAAUGGUUCUAUAUUUGCUCCAGUGUCAAUUUGGCGACCACGUCGAAAGGUCUUAGUACCAACAUUCAGUACGAAGAAUUUGAAAUAUUUUAUGACCAUAUUUGCAAGUGAAAGUCAAAUCUUGGCUCAAGAAAUAGGAAACACAGCUGGAAAUGAUCCGAUUUCAAUAUUUAAGUACUUCACUGCAUAUACCAUGGAUGCUAUUGCGCAAACGACGAUGGGUUAUAAUAUGAACGCCCAAAAAGAUUCUAAUCACUUCUUCUUGAAGGGAUUUGAUAUGGGACUUAAUAGCUUUGCGGAGCGUAUUUGUCAGCCAUGGCUGCACAGUGAUGCGAUAUACAAGAAUCUUCCCUUGUACUCCACACUGAUGAAACACAAGAAGGAAAUAUGGGACUUUAUAUCUGAGUUGAUAAGAAAUAAACGAAGAGAGAUUAAAGAAAAGAACAUGACCCAAGAACAGUAUGAAAAUUCCGCAGAAAGCCACCAGACGACGUUUUUAGAGAGUCUGAUGAGACUGUCUGGAGGUGAUGACGGGUACACGGAUGAUGAAAUAGUUGAGGAACUACUGGUGAUCAUGGUGGCUGGUACUGAUACCUCAGCAGUCGGAGCUGCCUUCGUAUCUGUGGUUCUUUCCAGAUACCCUGAAAUACAGGAAAAAGUCUUUGAAGAGUUGCAAGAAGUAUUCGGUGACUCCGACAGGGCGGCAACCUUCGAGGACCUUCCUCGGCUGAAGUACCUUGAUGCAGUGAUCAAGGAGACACUACGAUUGUACGCACCAGUACCAGUGAUGACCAGAAAAAUAGAAAAAGAUCUUCAUUUACCCUGUGGUAUAAAGCUGGUGCCUGGCACCGGUGUCAUGAUAAACAUUUGGGCUAUGCACCGCAACCCUCGCUACUGGGGAGACGACGUGGAACAGUUCCGACCUGAACGGUUCAUUGACGCACAACCCACACAUCCCGCUGUCUAUAUGCCAUUCAGCUAUGGACCUAGAAACUGUGUUGGUUAUCAAUACGCCAUGAUGUCAAUGAAGACGAUGUUAUCAACAGUACUGAGGCGGUUCAAGUUCCUGCCAGCCACCAAACCUAACAAAAAUGCUGAGUUCCCACCACUGCGCCUCAAAUUCGAUAUCAUGAUGAAAGAUGAAGAUGGUUUCCAAAUAUGUGUCAAGCCUCGAUCCAAAGUGGCUUAA